CUGACGUAGAAGUGUUGCAAAUCGUGUUUGAUCUUGUCUUAACAUCACUUUCGCCAGUCCAAUUUCACUUUUUCACGCGGUAUAUACGUUUCCAGUCGCAGAAAGCAUAUACUGGGUGUCUCCACGCAGUAUAGCUCAAGCGAUAAUGAAGGAACAGGAGUUUCUCGACUCAAUUGAGAAUCUGAGCGGGAAGGUUGCUAUUGUCACCGGAGGUGCAAAAGGCAUCGGUCUUGAGACAACAGUUUACCUUGCCUCCAAGGGCGCCACAGUCUAUGUCGCGGCUCGCAAAAGCGAGGGAACACAGGCCGGCAUUGACGAAGCUCGUCAGCGUGUCAAAUCUCUCUUUAGCGACUCUUCGAAUAAUGAUGAAAAGGUUAAGUACCACGAGCUAGAUCUAAGCUCGAUGCAGGACGCAUGGCGCUCGGCUCAAAAAUUCAAGAAAAUUGAGAGGAAAUUGGAUAUCUUAAUUUGUAACGCGGGUGUUUCGAUGACAACACUACAGGCGCUUUCUCCAGAUGGCUAUGAGCAGAUGUUUGCUGUCAAUCACCUAGGCCAUUUUGCAUUUGUGACGUGUUUGUUAGAUAUCAUCAAAGACGCUGCAGAAGACACCCAAGAUGGGCGUAUCAUAUUCACAGGGUCAGAUUCCUACAAAUCAGCCAAGAAGCUAGACUAUGAGAAGCUCGUUACUGCCCAGCCCGAUGAUGGCAAAUCGCUCAAAGACCUGGGUGGAGCCUGGAUGCGAUAUACUGAGUCGAAAUUGGCGAUUGUCUACUCUACGAUUGAGUUUUCAAACCGGCUUCAAAAUUCAGACCUUCCUAAAAUCUAUCUCAACGCUUGCCACCCAGGGAAUGCCAUUGGAACAACUCUCGGAACAGGUAACCAAGCCUCUGUUAGUCCCACCUUGGAACGCGCAAUUCGUUCUUUAUUGAGCAUAACGAUCGGGAAUUCGACCAAGGACUCUGCAAAGACACAGAUUUAUCUUGCUGGUAGCAAAACCAUCAAGGAGAAAAGCAUACACGGGGAGAAUUGGCAGCCCUACUUUUCAGCUUUUGGGAAGACAUAUAAAGGGUGUGGGAGUCAGGAGUACACACCAUUAGGGAAAGACGAGGGGGAGAGAAGGAAACUAUGGAAGGUCACAGUAGAUGCUUUGAAGAAGGCGGUUGGAGACAACGAGGUGAACUCCAUCGAAACUCUCAAGAAGCUGAUCAAUGAGGGUUCGGAAUAAACGCGGUCUUGAUAAUACAUAUAUAUACCCCGAUAUCACGAAUCCCUUUGGCUCAUGUAAUGAUGAAAAAUUCAUUCUCUGGUCUAAUAGCCUGUAUUUUCUUUAGUAUAUAUAUCCCAUUGAUAUAUUAUUCAC